AUGACAGAAACUCGUUCUUGGUGGAGAGAUCCGCCAUCGCCCGAGCCCUCGGGAGACACUCCCGUAUUUGAGUCCAAACCACUGGAGGAGUCAGCAUUGCCAAAUGCAGACCAUGAGCAGCUUCUUACCAGGCGUGUACAUGUUCUCGGUCUUGGGAGUAUCGGAACCCUGGUCGCCCAUUCAUUGAGAUGCCUGCCCAAUCCUCCUCCGAUCACCCUCAUGAUCCACCGACAAGAGCAAUACGAAGUUUUCAAAAGAGGUGGUCGUACUAUCAGCCUGAUAAACAAGCAAAACGAGACCAACGAUGAGCAGACUGGGUACGAUGUUGACCUCUUCAACGGCUAUGGGGAAGACGGCAAGGCGCGAUGGGACUUCAUUCCUGACAAGCGUUGGGAUCAGCCACAGACCAAUCCUGUCGAGGAAGGCGAGAUGAUGGAAUCCGGCGAGCUUUACAUCUACACCUUGAUAGUUGCUGUCAAGGGGCCGGCCACUGUUGCUGCCCUCCGCUCUGUCAAACACCGUGUCAACGCGAAGACAACCAUCUGUUUCAUGCAAAAUGGGCUUGGGCAAAUAGAUGAACUUAAUCGGGAGGUCUUUACCGAUCCGCAGGAACGUCCCACCUAUAUGCUGGGAAUUGUUUCUCACGGAUCAUACAUGUCGCAGCCCUGCACAGUCGUCCAUGCCGGCUACGGUUCCAUAGCACUGGGGAUAUGUCGAGAUGCUGAUCGUUUCCCGCUUCCUCCAAAGACGCCAGUACGGCAUCUGUGGGAGUUGUCCGAAGAAGAACGGAAGAAGCAUCACCCUACGGACAAGGAACUUUUUGCGACACUCUCUUCACGUUACCUUCUACGCACCUUGACUAGAUCGCCGGUCCUGGCAUGCGCGGCAUUUCCGUACCUGGACCUAUUGCAAUUGCAGCUGGAAAAGCUGUCAUCCAAUUGCAUUUUGAACCCCCUCACCGCGCUCCUUGAUGUCCCGAAUGGGGCACUGCUCAAUAACGAGGAGUUGCUACCUGUGCAAAGGCUUCUCCUUGCCGAGAUAUCUCUCGUCAUUCGAGGCCUCCCGGAGCUAGAGGGGAUCCCCAAUGUGCAGCACCGAUUCUCUGCCAAGCGACUUGAGCAGCUAUUCCUGGGCGUGACAAGGCGGACAGCGCAGAAUUCGAGCAGUAUGCGGGAGGAUGUCCGCCAUGGUAAGAAGCCAGAGAUCGACUACAUUAAUGGCUACAUCAUCAAGCGGGGCGAGCAACAUGGCAUCAAGUGUGCUUUGAACUUUAUGCUCAUGCAGCUCAUCAAAGGCAAGAGUUCCUUGAGGAUCGGGGCAGGGCUGCCCUAUGGCACCACACAGAUCGAGAGCGAGGUCGACCCGCAUCGACCCGACUCGGUUACCAUUACGGACAAUAGUACUCCAAAAAGAGACAGCAUGGGUUAA